CCGCUCGGGGCCGGCCCAGCGCCCUCCCCUCGGCGGCUCAGCCCGGGCCGGGGCGGCGGCGGGGGACGGGCGAGGCGGAGCGGCUGCGGGGGAGCGCGGAAGGGGCGGCGGAGCAGAGCGGAGCGGAGCAGGAGAGAGGAGCGAGGGAGCGCGGAAGGAAGGAAGGAAGGAAGGAAGGAAGGAAAGAGGAGGAGGAGAAGGAGGAGGAGGGAGGCAGGCAGGCGCCCGGCCGCCGCUGCCCCGGGCGCCCAGCUCCGCGCACGGCGGGGCUCAGCAGCCGCCGCCGCCGCCCCCCGGUCCCGGCGCGACGCCCCCGCGGCGCUGCCCCAGCCAUGAAGGCGGCGGUGGAUCUGACCAUCAUCAAGACGGAGAAGGUGGACAUCGAGCUCUUCCCGUCCCCCGAUAUGGAAUGUGCAGAUGUGCCUUUAUUAACUCCCAGCAGCAAAGAAAUGAUGUCUCAGGCAUUGAAAGCCACCUUCAGCGGCUUCGCAAAAGAGCAACAGCGGCUGGGAAUCCCCAAAGAUCCCCAGCAGUGGACGGAGACGCACGUGCGGGACUGGGUGAUGUGGGCAGUGAAUGAAUUUAGCCUGAAGGGAGUGGAUUUCCAGAAGUUUUGCAUGAAUGGAGCUGCCCUCUGUGCCCUGGGCAAGGAGUGCUUCCUGGAGCUAGCGCCUGACUUUGUGGGAGAUAUCCUUUGGGAACAUCUGGAGAUCUUGCAGAAAGAAGAGGUAAAACCGUACCCAGCAAAUGGAGUGAAUACAACAUAUCCAGAAUCCCGCUAUUCUUCAGACUACUUCAUUAGUUAUGGCAUCGAGCAUGCACAGUGUGUGCCUCCCUCCGAGUUCUCCGAGCCCAGCUUCAUCACAGAGUCCUACCAGACCCUCCAUCCCAUCAGCUCGGAAGAGCUCCUGUCCCUCAAGUACGAGAACGACUAUCCCUCAGUCAUUCUGCGUGACCCAGUGCAGACAGACUCCCUGCAGACAGACUACUUCACGAUCAAGCAAGAAGUAGUAACGCCAGAUAACAUGUGCAUGGGACGUACCAGUCGAGGUAAACUGGGCGGCCAGGACUCCUUCGAGAGCAUAGAGAGCUACGACAGCUGUGACCGCCUGACACAGUCCUGGAGCAGCCAGUCCUCCUUCCAGAGCCUGCAGCGUGUCCCAUCCUACGACAGCUUUGACUCGGAGGACUACCCCGCCACCCUGCCCAACCACAAGCCCAAGGGCACCUUCAAGGACUAUGUUCGAGAUCGGGCCGAUAUGAACAAGGACAAGCCUGUCAUUCCUGCUGCUGCCCUUGCUGGCUACACAGGCAGUGGACCCAUCCAACUGUGGCAAUUCCUGCUGGAACUGCUCACUGACAAGUCCUGUCAGUCCUUCAUCAGCUGGACGGGUGACGGCUGGGAAUUCAAACUUUCUGACCCAGAUGAGGUGGCCAGGCGAUGGGGCAAGAGGAAAAACAAACCCAAGAUGAACUACGAGAAGCUGAGCCGCGGCUUGCGCUACUACUACGACAAGAACAUCAUCCACAAGACGGCCGGGAAACGCUACGUCUACCGUUUCGUCUGCGACCUGCAGAGCCUGCUGGGCUACACGCCCGAGGAGCUCCAUGCCAUGCUGGACGUCAAGCCCGAUGCGGAUGAGUGAAGGUGGCCGGCCGGGGCGGAGAAGAUCACCCUGUGUCAUUUUGGAGAGUCGAUGGGACUUUUUCUGUUGGUUCCUUUUUUAUUUUUGCUGUUAUUGUUGUUGUUCGUUACGGUUUUUUUUUUUAAAGAGCAACUCAGAUUUGAUGCUUUGAGGAUGUUGGGAGAGAGGGUAGUGGAAGAGGCAAACUUUUGACUGAAACCUAAAAAGUUUGGUUCGGAGAAGGAUUGGGCUUUUUGUUAUUGUGAAAGCUCCAAGACAGGCUUUUUUGGAGUGAAAUUCUGAGUUUUAAGAAAGCCAGAAAAAUGUAGCUCACAAAAAGAAAACAACAACAAACCCCUCCCCAUCCCUUACUGUUCAGAAAAAAAUAUUAUCAAAUGAUCCCUUUGGUUUUUGUGUUAUUCACACACAAACUGACAGUUCAGGAAAUGACGGUAUUCCCAAGCAUUUGAGGAUUUUAAACUUUUUUUUGGGACGGGGAGAGAAAACCAAAGUGGGUGAAUAUUCCUGCUUCGGGGAGGGGCAAUAUAGAAGAAAUCCAAGAACUGUUUCUCGUUCUUGUUACAUCACCUUUCUGUCAGUUGGCUUCUUUUCUACAAAAGGAAAAAAAAAAUUUGCUAGGAGGGAUCAAGACUUUUUUUUUUUUUUAAAUUUGUUUAAAGUUUUAUUUUAUUAAAUUUUGUGCCAGUAUUUUUUUUUAAAUAGUCUUAAGCUCUAAGAUGGUCUCAGUAUUGCAAUAUUGUGUGUAUUUGUUUCUGUUAUGCCAGCAGAGAGUUUUAUCACAGUGAGGAAAAAGAAAAAAAAAAAAAAAAAGAAUUAGUUUAUGUAGACCCCACUGGAGAAGCGUAGUGCUACUACUUGGCAUCUCCGAAUCGUAUGUGAAGGAAAAUUAACUCCAAACUGGCUCCUAGUGAUGCUGGCUGGGUGUGCCGCUCUUGCUUCCAGUCCCACACGCUUUGCUCCGCCGUUUGCUGAUCAAGCUGGUUGAAAUUUCCGCUUUUUUUGUUGCUAUUAAAAAAGAAGCCUUUUUGUAUUGCUGCAUUUUGUGCAUGAAACCUAUGAAGAUCUGCAGGGAAAAUGGCUUUUUGCAUUUUCCAAAUCACUUUUUUUGGCUCAAGGAACACUUUGGUGCUUUCAGAAAAUUUGGUUUGGUUUAUUUUUAUUUUUAUUUUUAUUUUUUUUGGAGAGAGAGGAAAGUGGAGAAAUUCCCGUUAUUUGAAUGUGGUAAAUGGAAAACACAUAAGUUGGGGGAGUGGGGGGUGGGGGUGGGGGGGUGGGAAUUGGGAAAAAGUUGAAAAACCAAAGGAAAAUGUUUUUUCCGUCCUGUUUCGACCAGCUCUAUCUAUUGAUGAAUGUCUUAACUGUCCUAGGCACACUCAGAAAGGGAAAUUGUCCUUGCAAAAUGGCUCCUUUACUGCUCUUUGUAAGCCUGAUCCUGCAAACCUGUCAGGGCGUGAUUAACAUGAGGCGUAUGACCGGUAUUGCCGCGGUCUCAUGUGCUUGCCCCACCGGGUUGCAGGAUCAAUCCCAGGAGGAGCUGCUCCGUCUGUCCUGCAAACCUUUUACAACUGGUUUGCGUUCAGAGGGGUAAAUCCUGCUGCACCGAGCACUCCUGGGAUGCUCUGAGCAGACAGAGGCUGACGACCACCUUCAGCGUGAGUUAAGAGGAUCAGGUGCUGAGCGUUUCGAUAUCCAGGGGUGACCCCGAAGGUCCAGCUGCCGAAUGGGAUCUUUCCCUCCUGAGAGCCGCUGGGCAUUUUCUUUUUAAAGACAGUAUUAUGUGUUUGGACCGAAAGUACCUUCUUCCGAUGUUGCUCCUCUGCCCGUCUGUGUGUUUUAGGUCGUUGCAUUCAUUACAGGGGCACUGUGAGACAGCAGUGAGGGGUGAGGCGGGGAGAGGCUUUCCCAAAAUGCUCACUGGGCAAUGCCUGCCGGAUACAGGCUGAUGCGUCGGGUCGGCAGGACGGGACUCCGCGUGCAGAGCUGAAAUCCAUGGGCACGUAACCCCCUUGCACAGAGGCAGUGUUGGAUGGGGAGCUUGACCCCAGGGCAAGGUGAUGCUCAGGGGUGCUGAGCUCUCCUCCACCUCCUCCAGAGCUGGGGGGACCCAGCACCUCUGUAUCUGGUCGUCUGGGGGCAAGUCAGCCCCCAAACUGCUGCGUGCUUAAAAAAAAGGUGAGGGUGGAGGGGAAAUGAGUGGGCCCAGGGGGAGCUCCAGGCAGGGGGGAUGGAAGCAGACGGCGGUUUAGGUAAGGGAGUUUAUUAGUUGUGCUGUUAGCUCACGGUGCUGGGGCUGCGCAUCAUCCCACUGAGCACAGGGAAAGAAAAGGGUGGGAUGGAGGGAAAGGAAGGCAGAGAGGAUGAAAGGAAGGUGAAAGGAGCUUGCACCGAAGGAGGAAAGGGACGCUGCCCACUUGGAAGUUAAACUUCAGCUCACCGCCUCGAGCAGACAGGGAGGAUGGGAGAAAGAAGAGCAGCUGAGCUGGAGAGAGGAAAGGCAAACAUAGAUCUGGAUGAGGCCCCGCACCAGCGAGGCACCAGGGCAGAGCUCUACCGCAGAGCCAAGGCUCGCCGAGCUGCUGAGCAGGCUGGAGAGGGAGUCGAGCAAGCUGUGACAGCCCAGAGGUGUGCAGGGGCGGAGUUGUUACAGAGCAUCCCAACAGGAUACACCCCAGGGGUUGGAUUUUCAGCAGUUGGGGUUUUUUUAGGCGUUCAAGGUCGCUGUCCUGCGUGCAGCUGCAAAGUGCCCUUAGCUUACCCGUCACAGGCCACCUCUAGCAGCGCUUUGAAAAAUCGCCCUUACGCCCUUAGAAAGGGUGCUGCCAGGAGGCCAGGCACCCUGUCUUCUGCCCCUGGCACCAUGCCGUGUCCCAGGAGGUGUCUCCUGCUUUGCUCAGAUGCUCCACUGCAGCUGAAGUGCCUUUUUCAAGCAGACAACAGGGAUAAAAUUUCCCUCCGAUGGUCAGGUAUCGGCCCCGUCUUUCUGCCAGGCCGAAUCCCAUGUUCACUCCGCCAUGCUGAUUUUUUCCAGUUUUCUAAGCUGAACCUGUGUGUUCCUAGUGAUUUUGGCAAGAUAGUUUAAAGGUUAGAAAGGGUGAGUCGUGGAAAGCAGCUCUGUUUUUUGGAAGUAGCCCCCGGCUGGAGCUUCUCCAUUGUUUCUCCCAGCUGUUUGCCAUCCCAGCUCGCAGCCGGUGCAGCAGGAAAAGGGCAGUACAGCCCUAGGAAUGUCAGGUUCAUCAUUUUCUAUUUUCCUUUACUUUUUAUUCCCAUUCUAGAGACCAUCCCAGAGAGGGCUGUGUGCUGUUUAUACACUGGAAAUUUGCAGAUUUGUUUUUGUUUCCUUUUUUUUUUUUUUUUUAAUUCUCUUCUGCUUUUUCAUUGCCUGUUGAACUGUUGGCGAGGGGUGUACUGAGCCAGAUGCGCUGGAACCCAAACCCUCUGUCCUCCUGUUCUUUGAGGCCGUGAAAAUUUGGUUAAUCCACUCACAUGUGCUGGGCCAGAAGGAUGGGUUUGAGAGGGAUGAUGGAGAUCUGCCAGGGACAGGACUCGCUCCUGUGCUGGUUUCUCUGCACGGGAGCAAGCUUCACCCUUGGGAGAUACACAUGGCUUUUGGAAAUUGGGUAAUUUUGUCUCGUUUUGGAAUGUCUCAGGUGCUUUUGGUGAUUUUUGGGGGGGGAUGUUUUCUGUGUCCUGCUCAUGAUGUGCUGUUCUGCGGGGGGACAUGUCCCCUUGGCCCCCCCAGCAGAGCCUGAGCCUGCCUUGGGAGCGUAGCGCUUGCAAACGGCUUUCUGGGGCCUUGGCAGUCGGUAUGUGGGACUUAGUAAAAGGGAAAAAAACCCAAACCCUGAUGAAAAAUGCAGGCACUUUUUCUGCUGCCUGUCCCUCUCCAUUUCUGUGUGUAGGAUGGCCGUACCCUAUUUUAUUUCCACGCUACCACCAUCCCGCUCCUGACGUGAUUGCUCAGGUGGAGAAACAGCCAAACAGGGUGAGGAGUAGAAGAUCCUGUAUGGGAGAACCUUCUCACGUCUUUCCAAACCAACACCUCCUCCAAAAAAAUGGUCCCCAUAAGCACCGAUAAAUUCAGAUGCUGCAGGAAACAUCUCCGUCUUCUGACUUUUGCUUUUCUGGAGGGGUUUUCUGUGAGGCUUUAGGGCUUGGUUGCUUGUUAACGUCGCAAAAUUGGGAUGCCUUGGCGUGCUCUGCUCUCUGGUAGGGUCUAUAUAACAUCUGUGAGCUGUUGUCUACAUUCCAAAGAGGUUAAAAUAAAUGAUAAAUCUAUGUAUACAUAUAUGUUAUAAUGGAAUAUCUCCAGGAGUUAACUGCCUCAGUAAAAAAAAAAAAAAAAAAAAAA